AUGCCCUUGCACGAGUGCCUACAGUCGCUGAAGGAUGUGGGCAGACUCAAGUUCCCCUUGUUCUGCGGCGUGCGCGGCCUGCUACCCGUCGUGUGCUGCCCCAACAAGGACCCACCUCCAACGCCUGCCCCUGCACCAGGGACUCCGUGCACGGUGGCCGAGUCCGGUCAGCCGGGCGUGUGCGUUCCCCUGGACAGCUGCGGCCCACUGCAGGAGCAGGUUCGCCAGAAGAAGUUCCCGUCGCUGUGCGACCUGAAAGAGGGCGUCGCGUACGCCUGCUGCCCACGAGCCCAACCGCCGAGCCGGAUGGUGAUGGCCACGCCCAUUGCGCCCACGCCCAUUCCGCCCACGCGACCCCCUCUGGACAGAGCCUUAAAGAUCGCCGGACUCAAGUACGAGAACGGAAAAUACUGUGGCAAGACUCCUAGUAAACCUGGUCACAUCGACUUCAGACCAGUCGUGAAAGGUGGGAAGGACGCAGAGCUUGGUUCCUAUCCCUUUAUGAUACUAAGAGCGCGUGACGACGAAAUUAUGGACACGGGAGAGAUUAUUGAGCCCCAGGAAUCAUCGAGGAUCGUGCGUGACACGCGAUACGUUGUCCGCAUCGGAGGCGUCAGCAUAUCGGACGCCAGCACCGAGCCCUUCGUGGAGCGCCAAGUGGAAUCGGUUCACGUGCACCCGGACUUCGACGACCGGUUCCACUACAACGACGUGGCGCUUCUCUUCCUCAACCGAUCGGCGCUGCAGCAUAUCAAGAAGCCGGUCGCCUGCCUGCCCGAGCCGGGCUCCGUGCCCGAUUCGCAAGACCCCACCGUGCUCGGCUGGGGACACGACGAUUUCGGAGGAAGACUGCAGACGAUUCUCCAGGAGGCCAGGAUACCGCUCGUCGACAAUCCGUCUUGUGAGCGCGCCUAUAUGAAGCUCGACUCAUACGAGACCAAGUUUCCUCGCGGCGUCAACGACGACUUUCUAUGUGCCGGGAACAUCACGGAUGGUGGUGUCGACGCCUGCCAGCAAGAUUCGGGUGGACCGCUGGUGGUGAACUCUACCCGGGACGGGCGCAAUUUCUUCGAAACUAUCGGCAUCGUCUCGUUCGGCGUCGGUUGCGGGUCCGCCGCCUACCCUGGCGUCUACACGAGAGUCUCAAAAUACGUGGACUGGAUACUCAACGUCAUGGCAGACGUCAUACCGGACAAACAAAUUUUGCUGAUGCUGGCCCUUCCUUCUUCUUCUGCGCUCAUCCACAUCUGCCCUACUGUGGGCGCGUGCGUUGAUGCUGUCCAAGAUCCACGUGGCCCGAGGAAAGGAAAGGAGGGUCUUUCCCUGCGCCUGAUUACGCAGAUCGCGUGCGCGCUUCGAAGAAGACGACCCGUUGCUGCCUCGUUGUGCAAGGCCGCGCGCCUCUGCGGCCACCAAGACGCAUCGAGCGUGGUUGCGGCGGCGAGUACCCGUCAUCGUUGGUGCGGAAGGGGACAGGCCGCGCCUCUUUGUGUGCCCGGUACAGGAAACACGGCAAGAGGAAACGGUGGAGACACGGUGGUUGCUGCUGGCUGGAGGAUGCGGCGGCGGCGGUCCUCCGCUCUGCUUCUGCUUGACCUCCUCGUCCUCUUAUUCCUUCACGAGGAGGCGGAAGCAGCCAGAGUGGCCAGGGGCCCGUGCCGCGCCAGACACCCGACGAAAAACUUCGAGCUGACCGACGGCCGCUGCAUGCCUGUGCACGAAUGCCUGCAGUCGCUGAAGGACGUGGGCCGCCUGAAGUUCCCCAUCUUCUGCGGUGUCGAGAUCCUCCUGCCCAUUGUGUGCUGUCCGCUCAGGAACCGUCCCCGCGGGACGGCGACGACUCCUAACGAACAAGUCGCCGCGACACUACCACCUGCGUUGCCAACAAUGGAUCGAUUUGAAGCAGUCAUCAGCGAACCACAAGAGCCACCCCGCUUCGCGCUAAGUAGCCAGCCGGCUGUUCCUGUCGUUUUUUCCGGAUCGGCAGAUGAGCCACCGGCUGAGUGCGAGACACCCAGUGGCCAGCAGGGCGCCUGCCUGCCGCUGGAAAGCUGCAUGCCAUUGCGCGAACAAGUGCGCCGCAAGGAGUUCCCACCGCUGUGCGACCUGCGAGGCACCACGCCGUACGCCUGCUGCCCUGCGAGGCUCUUCCGCCAAGGCUCGCAGCACAUCGAUGCCGUAGAGACGACUCCUGCGCCACCUGACGACGACAUGUCGAGUGCGGCCGUCAACAGCGCCAUUCGCAUGACGCAGAUCAUGCUCGAGAACAACCGGUAUUGUGGCAAGACACCCGCGCAACAGUCUAUGCGACCAGGGAGCUACACUCCCACCGUGCUUGGAGGCCGCUCUGUAUACCUCGGAAAGUACGCUUUUGCUGUGGCCAUAUUUCGAGAUGAAGUGAAAAUUCUGAACUACUGGUGCGGCGGCACGCUGAUAACUUCCCGGGUCGUCCUCUCUGCUGCCCAUUGCUUCGUAUAUUCACUGGGCGACACCAAGUACAUCGCACGAGUGGGCGGCGUCAACAUAUCGGACGUGAGCAACACCACGUUCGUGCAGAGAAACGUGGCGUCGGUGCACCUGCACCCGGAGUACAACGACCGGCACCACUACAACGACGUCGCCCUGCUGCUGCUCGAUUUGCCCGCGCGACAGCGAGGCGUGCCUCAGCCGUUCGCUUGCUUGCCGGACGCCGACUCGGCCGCGACAGUGCACGGAAUAGCCACCGUGCUGGGCUGGGGACACAACGACUUCGGUGGCACCCUACAGACUGUCCUCCAAGAAGCGCAGGUUCCCCUUGUGGACAACGCCGCAUGCGACCGCGCGUACCACUCUUUGGAUAGCUACGACCGCAAGUUUCCGCACGGCGUCAACGAGCACUUUGUCUGCGCCGGAAACAUUACGGACGGUGGCGUAGACGCCUGCCAGCAAGACUCUGGGGGCCCGCUGGUCGUGAACGUGGAUCGUGACGGCGGAACCUACUACGAACUCGUCGGCGUCGUGUCCUUCGGUGUCGGCUGCGGCUCGGCAGCCUUCCCAGGGGUGUAUGCCAGCGUGUCGCAUUUCAUGCCCUGGAUUCUCAAUGCGACGGCCAACAUCGUUCCCGAGGAAGCGUACGACCGCACCAAUUUCAUCUGAGCGCUAUACAAUGGCGUCUCAUCAUCUGAAAGACAUUGCUCAAGCAGGAUCUUGUUUUUGGCAAGUUGGCCAUCCGUGUCGAAGGGCAACACGUAGCGCGAGAUAGUGAGGACAGCAGCAUAUGUAGUGUACCUUCCGUGAAAUACGAAAUAGAGUCGUAGGACGUAGAGUAACAGAAUAAUGGAACUACCAAUUAGAGAUGGCAGUUGGUAGUCGAGGCCAGCUCUUACUCAAUGUUCAAGUCCUCGUCGUUUUACGCCACUUAUUGCCAUUCGACGUAAAAGACAUUUAUCCUGCGCCUGAUGGCACAGAACGCGCCUGCAGGUGUCACAGGCAGGUUUUGCUGGUUGAGCGAAUUCAAGGCUGUAGCGUUUGUCGGUUUCACCUGAUGCACUGGAACUAUUGAGGAACCAAACUGAGCUGCCGCUCCACCCGGUGUGACCCAAGUGCCCAGGCCUGGCUUCACCUAUCACUGGCGCGCGUUGAACGGUUUACGCCUUCGUACCACGGGGCAUGAAAUAUGUUUUGUUGCGAGUUCAUACGAGCAAGUUCACUUCUCUUUUCGUUCUGUUUGUGUCUAGUGCUUCCGUUUUCAAGAUGAAAUACGAACUAACGUGCCAAUGUAUACCCUGCUUUAGGCUGAGGUGCUAGCUGUCACUGUAUACAGCAUAAAACAGAACCAAGUGAUGAAAUAGGCACGUGUUACAUUUUGCACGCACGUGUGUUCAAGGAACGUUCUCUUUAGCUCAUCCUUCCAGUCCGUCAUACUCUGUGCAGGGUAACCUACCGGACGCUGUUAAUGCUAACCACCCCUACACAAUUCUCUACAUGUUAUUCUCUCUGAUUUGCCGCUACCGUGGCAAUUAAAUUAUUAUGUUGACGAUUCCAAUGAUGAUUCCAGUAGCAAAAAGGCGUCGUUUUAUUAGCGCCACCAGGGGAGGUUUUUUUUGUCUUUGCGUAUUAAAAUAUUUUAGCGAUAAGUUCCUACGCCACCUUACGAGCCCUGUUCUGCCUGCUGUAACGGCCUCGAUUUGUUCGCAUUGAUUGUGACGGAUCGCACAGUUUCAUAGGUAGUGUUGUUCAGUCUGUGCUGUAAAAAAGUUAAUAGAAUGCAGCAAACGAAAAACACUACAAAUAGUACACACAAAGCAGGCUGCGCGAGGAAGCUUGCGAGCAUAAACGUAUGUCAUGAAGGAAGUGAACAUUAGUGCUCCUUUCACCCAAGUUCUUUCUACUUCCGAGCUGGUAAAAUUUUCAAGCCACAUUUCUGGCUUUUAGUGCCGGUCCGUUUCCAUGUAUUAUCAUGCAAACAAAUAAAUAAAUACUUUAAUUUACUCUUUCCCAUA